AUAUUGCCAUAUCGACAGCGCAAGCGCAGCCAACUUCACGUCAAAGCCUUAUUUAAGUCGGCGACGCGCAUUGAUUUUGAAAUCAAAAUAUUAUCGUAAAUAUAAUCAGUUAGUACUACUAUUCGCAAAUAUGUCGCACCACCUGCCCCGGCGGAACAGCGAGUUCCGUGAAUAUGCCGCCGAAGAUCCUGGAGUCACCGAUAAGCGGCAGACCAGAUCAAAAUGGACUCUAGCAACACCCACACCAAAUCUGACAACCGCAAAAAUGAGCAAACGGCCAUCACAGUCCCGCCUGCCUCAACCCAUGAACCUGGAGAGAGAUCGAGCGAGUCAGAUGGGAAUUACGCCGAUGAGGAACCAUCGAGGACCCAGGCCAACGUCCGUUGAGCGCCCAGUAGCUCUGCACUCUGAUAAGAGCUGGGUGUCGGAACGAGCCCAACAGAUACUUGAAUAUCUGAGCAAUAUGCAAGGAGCUCUGCAGUGUCUCGGAGCAGAAUUUUUCGCUCGUCCUGGCGGAUUACGAAAGAUGACCUUCAAACAGUUCCUUGGCAUCCUGAACUUCUUCUUUCAGAAUGUUUGGCGCAACAAGGUUACUGUAGGAUCCAAUCCGGUGGAGGAGAUAACAGCAGCGCUGCAAAAACUCCACUAUCCCCAUCAAGUGAGCAAGUCCUGGCUGAGCACGCCCGCCACUCAGCAUUCCUUUGGUCAUGUCAUCGUGCUGCUGGAUUUUCUCAUGGAUUUUGCCCCGCCGUUGGAUUCAAUGGACUCGGAGCAAUUCCCAUUCAUGGAGACAGCCGAGCAGCCCAGUUCGUAUUUGCACAGCAUUGCCGAAAUGACAGCCAUGUCCACCACUCAUGCUCUACAGGCUGUCCAGCUGGACGAGGACCUAAAUGCCCUGCUCUUCGAGAAGAGCGCCGAGUGCAAUCCCCUGUGGAACGAGGAGCGCGCCGAGGAGGAGCUCCUGCUUCAGGCCAGGGUGUGCGACAUGGUCAUAAGCCGAAGGAGUGACUUCCCCAGCCGUCAGGCGCUCGACACCGAGAUAGCCAACCUCAAAUCCCAGAUAUCCAAGCUGGACGAGCAACUGCAUCAGGCUGGGGAGGAGAAGAAGGUGCAGCAACUGCAGAAGCUGAACCAGGAGAGGGAGCAGCUAAACCAGCAGGUUCUUGCUUGCCAGGAGGAGAUCGCCAAGCAGGAGGAUGCCAAAAACACCAUGCUAGCCAAGGGCAAAGAGCUCCAAAAGGAGAUACAGCAACUAACCAACAGCGAGCAGCGUUUGCGCAACUCCAUUGCCAAUCAGAAAUACACCAUCCAGCAAGUCAAAUCUUUGCAAAUGCGCCAGGCGGACCUCAGCAACGAAUCCCAAGUAUACGAGCGCCAGGUGAAGGACCUCUGCUCUCGCGAGUCCAAUCAACAGGUGAUGCUCUCCCGGGCCAAGAAGAAACUGCUGGACACCGUCGAGAGUUUCAAUUCGCAUGUCCGACACUUUAGCGAUUCGGUUGCUGCCCAGUUGGUUCGCAACCAGAAGUGGGAUCUGUUGCUGCCUCUGCAGCCGGGAGGCAAGGAAGACAUCCUGGUACGGGCGCGAGUUCUGGAGGAAUUCAGUGCCAUAGUCCAGCAGCAGCGACAGCUGAAGGAGAAGCACCGCCUGGAACUGGAGAAGGAGAUAAAUAAAAUACAACUGAAGUGCGGCAGCUGCAAGCAGGAGAUCACCAAUCUGGUGUCGCGUCUGCGAGUUCUCAAGCAGGCUUUACAGAACGUGGAGGGCACCUACACCACCAGACGCGAAAUGAGGCGCCAGCACCAAGAGCAGCUGGACGAGGAGCAGUUCCGUCUGCUCGACAGCCUGCAAAAGAUGCAGCUGUCGGAGCAGCAACUGAUCGUCAAACUGGAGGUCAGGAAACAGCGAAACGAAGAGCUCCUCACGUCGGCCGAGGCAUACCAGGAUCAGUUGCUCACAGAGCGCCACGCCUACCUCGAUGACUACGAAAAGAAGCUGGCGGCAGCCCAGGAAGAGCUCGACGAGUUCAAUGCAUCCAUAGAGCAAGCUGCCAUCAUUCUUGAGGCGAAGACGAAGCUGUUGGAGAACUCAAAGCCGGCAUCCUUCAAACCGGUGCUAGAGGCACUGCAGGGAUUUAUGUAAAACAGAUUAUUAUUUAUUGGAAUUAUCAAGUCCCAGAUGUAUUAUAAUUGUAUUGUUGUAUUUUAAAUUCGAUGUAUCAAGUUUAAAUCAAAAUCGAAGAAAGAAAAAUUUUAUAGAUUUUUUGCAAAAAUUUAACCCUUUCCAAAAUUAGAAAAAAUCGAUCGAAUUUAAGGUGAGCCAAGAUCGGGAAGGUAUAGAUUUCUCUGAUCUGACGAGAGUUGGUGGAGAUAUGACCACUAUAGGGCUAAUGGGACGCACCAGGAGGGCACAUUGGUUCAAGAGAUUGGAGGGCAGCGUAGGAUACGGAGAUCCUCCCCCACAUCCCCGACACUCCAUGGAGGAUCUGGAGCAGAGGCUGGUCGACCCCGGAUUCGAUGGAGGAAAGCCUUGGAUGACCAUAUCCCGAGUCCCCAACCACAUAUUUAUUUAAUCACUGUAUUCCUAAAGUUUUUUUUUGUAUAUAGAUAAGUUAAAUAGAUGUAUUAGACAUAUUAUAUUGAUAGGUAUAUAGAUGUAGAUGGAUUAUACAGAUAUAAAAUAUAUAAAUUUAGAUAUAAUUAUAUAACUAGAUUAUAUAGAUUAGUUACAUGGUUUAUUUUUGUAGUCAGUAGAAUAUUCAAUAAAAAUAUGAAAGGAU